CCGCGGCGCAGCUGCUGGGGGCGCUCCGCCGGCGCGCCGCGGGCGCCGCGGGCCUGCCGGCCUGGAGCUCCGCGCUCACGACCUGCAGGGAGAAGCGUGCACUGGGAGCACGCGCUGUGCCUGCUGCAGGACAUGGUCGCGAAGGGCCCCGAGCCAGACGUCAUCUCGUACAGUGUCGCCAUCUCGGCGUGCGCGGGCGCUCAGCACUGGGAGCACGCCGUGCUGCUGCUCGCCGACGCAAGGCGGCGUGGCGUGGAGACGGACGUGAUCGUCUUCGGCGCCGCGGUCAGCGCCUGCGAGCGCGGCGGCGAGUGGGCGUCGGCAGUGGCGCUGCUCGCGGACAUGAGGGCUGACACCCUCGAGCCCAACCUGGUGACCUACAGCGCGGCCGUGAGCGCCUGCGAGAAGGGGCAGCAGUGGCGCCGCGCUCUGCUGCUCCUGUCCCGGGUCCUCCAGGAGAGGGCCUCACGCCGGACGUGGUAGUGUGCAACGCGGCGCUGAGCGCGUGCGAGAAGGGCGAGCGCUGGGACCAGGCGCUGCUCCUGCUGGGGGAGGUGGCGAGGCUGCGCAUCGAGCCCAGCGUGAUAACGUACACCGCCGCCAUCAACGCGUGCCAGAAGGGCCAGCAGUGGCAGCGGGCACUGUGCGUCUUCGAGGAGCUCCCGCGGGCGGCGGUGCGGCCUGACGCGGUGGCCUUCGCCGCUUGCAUCGCGCCUGCGCGCGCGGCCAGCGGCUGCUGCAGGCCCUGGAGCUCCAGCGGGCCAAGGAGGCGCUGACCGCGCCCGGAGGCCCUGCGCAGCUCCAGCGGGCCGAGGGGCCGCUGAGCGCGCCCGCGGGCCCCGCGCGCGCCGUGCCCCCGCCUCCGCCCUCCCCGCCUCCGCC